CCAAAAGCCCAAAAAAAUGAAGAAAUGUCAAAAACCUUUGUACCUACCGACAUGCCCUCCUCAUAUUUAGCAUUUCCACCUUCUUCUUCAACUUGGGCUUUUUACCUUACCUUCUCUUUCCAAUUCACUCGCAAAAAUAUAGCAAAAUCCUCAACUGGGUCUCUUCCGUUUUCGGGGUUUCUGACUUGGGUCUAUGGAUUGCGGUUCUGCUUCAGCAGCUGAACACAGCAACAUCAAGGGAGUUCCUAUCCAUGGUGGACGAUACCUUCGGUAUAAUAUAUAUGGUAACCUCUUUGAGGUUUCCAAGAAGUACGUCCCUCCAAUUCGACCUAUUGGAAGAGGUGCCUAUGGCAUCGUUUGUGCUGCUGUUAACUCGGAGACAGGUCAGCAGGUUGCCAUAAAGAAGAUUGGUAAUGCUUUUGAUAACAGAAUAGAUGCCAAAAGGACAUUACGAGAAAUUAAACUCCUCCGCCACAUGGAACAUGAAAAUAUUAUUUCAAUCAAAGACAUCAUACGACCUCCAGAGAAGGAAAACUUCAAUGAUGUCUAUAUUGUAUAUGAAUUAAUGGAUACUGACCUCCAUCAGAUAAUACGUUCUAGCCAGCAAUUGACAGAUGACCAUUGUCGGUACUUUCUGUACCAGUUGUUGCGAGGGCUUAAGUAUGUACAUUCAGCAAAUGUUUUGCAUCGUGAUCUGAAGCCCAGCAAUUUGCUCCUGGAUGCAAAUUGUGACCUUAAGAUUGGAGAUUUUGGGCUUGCAAGGACAACAUCUGAAACUGAUUUUAUGACUGAGUAUGUUGUCACUCGUUGGUACCGGGCACCGGAAUUGCUUCUUAAUUGUUCGGAGUACACUGCAGCAAUUGAUAUAUGGUCAGUGGGCUGCAUUCUUGGUGAAAUCGUGACCAGACAACCUCUAUUCCCAGGCAAAGAUUAUGUUCAUCAGCUGAGACUUAUAACGGAGCUCAUUGGUUCACCUGAUGACUCCAGCCUUGGGUUUUUACGAAGUGAUAAUGCCCGAAGAUAUGUUCGGCAGCUUCCUCAGUACCCGAGGCAACAAUUUUCUCUUAGAUUUCCUAAUAUGUCUUCUGGUGCUGUCGAUUUGCUAGAUAAGAUGCUUGUCUUUGAUCCAAACAAGCGCAUUACAGUUGAUGAGGCUCUUUGCCACCCAUACUUGGCACCUCUUCAUGAUAUCAAUGAGGAACCUGUCUGCCAAAGGCCUUUUGUUUUUGAUUUUGAGCAACCAUCAUUUACUGAAGAAAAUAUCAAGGAGCUAAUCUGGAGAGAAACUGUAAAAUUCAAUCCUGAUCCAACUCAGUGAGGAUUAUGUGAUUAUCUGUUGUAUACGCUUAGAAGAUUACCCAAUUACUGAUUUACAGGGGAAAAAAAAAAAAAAAUAGUAUUAUGAAAAUAUUGGGAUUCUACUAGAAAUUGUUGUGGGACAUCAUUCAUUGACAUUGUAACAUCUUUGGAUUUAUGAGUAAAAUAGAUUCAGUAGAACAGUGUCGAGGUUGUCUAUUCAAGCAUAAUCUUUGUGGUACACCAAUCCCUCAUCUGAUGCAAGUUUAUGCUUUGGUUGUAUGCAUUUGUAGCCGGGCAUGCCAAACGGAUAAGUAUUUUAAUGCUUUUCUGCUUCAAGUUGACGAGUUCAUAAGAGUGCUGUACUUUGAAAUGUUGAGAAUGAGUAAGAAAAAUGCGUCAGUUUGCUA